AUGGAAGGUCUACACGUUGCUGUGAAUGCUGAUAUCAGUAUGGAUGUGCUUCUGCGAAGCUUCUUCGCUGUCUGUUCCAUUAUACUUAUAAUAUCAUUACUCCGAAUGCGCUUGAUGACAGCAAGCCUACCUUUUGAAGGCAAAUUCAUGAAAGGAAAAUCAUCUUUCCCUGUGUCUGAGAAAAUACAAGACAAUGCUCAGGUUGAAGAGCAAAUGCAACUGCAUAAAGAACUUUACUUCAAGCUUCAAAACCUCGAAGACUACCCCGAAGUAUUGCCACAAUCUCGAGAUUUGUUAAUCUCACUGUUCUCGGAGACUCUUACAGGAGCGCUCCAGACCCCCAGACAUGGGAUUUUGGCUGUUGAGAAUUACAGUCGUGACGCUGUAACGAAGUUCCUACUUGGUGAGCAUGACAAUACAGUACAGCUAUGGGAGCAAUACUUAAAAAGAAGGGAGGCCGGACAGCCAAUGGAGAUGUUUAGGAAUCGGGAAGAAGCUAAAUUGUGGUUGAAGCAAAAUGCACCAGUGAAAUACGUAGAUGGUGCCUGGUUGGGUCAUAUUCACAAGGUCACGACUCCGUUUGCUUUGCGUAGGACGACAAAAGACACUUGGCAGGUGCUGUCUGAGGAACUUGGCGAUGGAGAAUUGGACAAGAACCACGUCUACAUCUAUCGCGAGCUGAUGCGGGAAAUUGACCCUAGCCUACCAGACGGAGACAGCCCCGAUUUCAUACAUCCAAGGCAUCAGCUCAACAACCCAAACGUUUGGAAAGCAGCUCUUAGUCAACUACUGAUAUCUCUCUUCCCACACGAGUUCUUGCCCGAGAUCCUCGGCUUCAACAUGCACUUUGAGCUCCUCACUAUGGGUACGAUGAAAGCUGCCAAGGAACUCGAAGAAUUAAAGCUCAAUAGCUAUUACUUCUACCUACACAUAUCGAUCGAUAAUGCAGACUCUGGUCACACGGCGAUGGCUUUGCAAUCGGUGCUUCGAUACGUCGAAGAAAUCCGCGCAUCAGAGGGGGAAGCAGCUGCACAACAAAUUUGGAAACGUAUCCAAGCAGGCUACAUUCUCUCCGAAAGCGUCCUUAACGCAAACGAAUCCCAUGGUCAUGCCCGCCCAGUCAUGGUUGACGUCAUGUUCCCAUCCAACAAGCGCGAAGAGGAAGUUCUCGAUAUAUUCAAAGCCAAAGCGUCAGUGGCGCACAAGAUUCACUGCAACAGCAAAGCGAUGAUCGGGCGGCGAUCACUGAUCGACUGGCUUGAGCCAAACGCCUUCGUAUCGAAGCAGUGGCAAAUGGAAUUUUUGAAUGACUUAGCUAACUCGAAAAGGUGGGUGUGGAAGGGGCAUAGUAAUAAGAGCUCACUAAUACGGGAAUUAUCUUGGAAGGGCAAGAUGUUCGGAGCCUUUACACAAAAGGAAGUAGAGAUCCUCAAGGACUGGAUUGAUUCCUUGGGAACCCCGGAUUCGGCGAUGUACUGGAGAUUUGUUGGUCGGGAAGCGACAAGCUCGACCCAGGUUCUUCAAAACCUAGACAUCGCCGUCGACUAUCCAGUCUUCUCACAGCAGCCCACAGCAUCUGCUAACCCAAUUUACUCGAUUCCUUCCCCUGUUUUCGCAUUGGCCACGGUCCAAUUCGCUCCCAAACCACUCUUCCCCACCGACUCACAGCCACGUCUCUCUGUCCUUCUUCCCCUCUGGUUCACCCACCCAUGUCUCCUUGAGACCACCAUCGCCACGCCUGCAAAGACAACCAAUGCAACCUCUGCCGCCAUCCUGCGCCUGUUACGAGCUCAAUCUGGCUUCUCUGCCGAAACUGCGAUCGUCGCCGGCAUGGAUGAAUUACGAUGCACUGAACAACCUGGCUUGAUGGAACUUGGCCAAGAACUCAUGCGACGUCACGGACUUCCGGAACCCAAGUGUCUCAAGGACGUAUUACAGAACAACACUGACGCCGAAUUUGCGCAUUCCAUGCUCAGUUGGGCGAUGCGGCCUGUAGCGAAUCUAGGGUUGCUGCUUGGUUUGACAAAAGCGUUUGUUGAGUUACAUGUUUGGGUAGCAGGGUCGGGUAUGCUUUCCGAGAGUGGUGCACUGGCGCUACGGCUCAUUAUUGCAAGAGAGGAAGAUUGUCUUGAUAUUUGUUUGAAGGAGCUGAUGGGGGAUGAAAUUCGUCAUGGGGAAUUUUGGAAGGGAUAUGCACUUGGAAGAACAGAAAUUGAGAAAUGUUUUUAA